AUGAGUCAGAGACAAGAGGAAGAAGAGGCCUAUUGUAGGGUGUUGGGGAAAAAGUAUUCCAGAGGCGAUUGCGAAAAGGACCGGAAGGUCAGACCGGUUGUUUUCGUAAGAGAUGGGACAAAAGACUUCUUGUGAAUAAGCAAUUUUUGGAUAAGUCCUUUAGAAAAGUGCUAAUACAUUACUAAAAUUGGGAAUGCUUCUUUGCAGCAAACAGAAAAUCAACAGAAAAACUUUGUUCUAAAAAAUAAGCGUUGCAGGGCUUGAUUUUCUGUUGCAGCGAAUGUAAGACAUAUAGCAAAAAGUUUCGAAGUGCGGGAAGGAUCGAAUACUGUCUGGAUAAAGAGCAGAGAAAUAUGGAAAAUUUGGAGAAAUGUGUGGAAGAGUGCGACCAGUCGAGUGUAUGAACGAGGCUCAUUCUAAGAUCUUCACCACACAUGUUAUAAGAUGACUUUUCAAGGUCAGUACGGAGAGCUCUAUAAACAUCUGGAUGUAUACAGUAUCCGGCAUUACAUUUACGUUUGCUUCAUGAUGACUAAAAAAUGAAAAAUAUCAAAGUACCUCUGGCUUUACAUCAAAACGUAUUAAAAAGUUUGUGUGACUUUUUGCACGCUUCACAGUGUCAUUUUACCGAUAUUAAAAGGUCAAUGAAAAGGCUGACUUGUAUUUCAAGAAGCGCAAUUAUUAUCAUCUAACCAACUUUUAAUAAAAAAAAACGGUGACAAUUUUCUGCCAUUUCUUAAACUAUCAUGCUUUUCACAGAUCCUCGAAUAGCCCGAUGUUUCAAUGCAUUUUGCUUUUUUAAGCUUUUUUGACCUGACAUGCGAUCUCCUUUCUUGUCUUCCUCCACACUCCAGCUCAAACUUUGAUUCAAAGUUUCAUUAACCUCCCCAAAGCCCCCAAAUCCAAUCACCCAGAGCCACUUCUUCUUCUUGUACUUGUUGUUAUUCAUUCACUCGGAAUCCUGUCCAUCUUUCUCUCUUUCAAACAAAAACAACACCGAAGAUACUGGAAAUACAAUGUGCCGCCGGAGGGAAAACCGAAUAUUUUCCUUUUUUUCGUUUUUCGCUCGGCACACGCAAGUCGCUUUUUUGUGGCCAGAGGAGGAGGAGGAGGAAAGCUCGACAUUUCAACGUACUUUUCUGGAGUGAAUGUGGAUUUUCCCGACCGUGAGAAAUUACUUUUCCUCGCCUGUAAGCGGCCCGGUCUCUGUGGGGCCGGGUUAAUGGGAUUUUACAUAAUUACGGGUUCGGCUUACUUAGGUAGUGGUUUUAACUUCAAAAAAAUGAAUGAUAAAGGAGUUAUUUCAUUGGUGGGGUGUUUACUUUUGAUGGCGCAUCAGAGAAAAAGCCGGGGAAGCCGUUGAAACUUAGUUUUGUCGGGUAGAACAAAGGAUUAGAUCGUAUUUUAGAGAUGGUAUCAGAAUUUUAUAUGGGACUGGACCAUAGUAAGUGCACAGUGACAUAGUCAAAAGCGGGUUCUUUGUUUGAGAGCCUUUUGUAAUUCCCUGUGACUUCGCUGCAGCGAAUAUCAGCAAAUGUUGAUGAUUAAACUGCACUCAAAAGUCAAAGUGUAAGGAAAUACAUAUAUCUACAUAUAUAUCCUUCAUAAAAGACACACAUAGACUCUGAAAAAUCCUUGACCAUUUUUCGCUUACUGGCGGUACAGAUUGUAAAAUUUUGUUGUAGCGGUACCCUAAUUGUUUUGAAAUUCAUUUUAUUUUGCAUUUUGAUGUCUAAUCGACGUUUCAUAACGUGAUUUAUACUAAUCUUGUCUGUGUGUGAUUACAAAGCACACACAUGAUUGUUUUGUAAAUAAUAUCUUCUGUAUAUUGUCAAGGCAACGGGUGGAAUACAAUUAAAUUUCGGUCGUGCCGACGUUCUUUUGCGUGCCCCGAGGGCGUUACUCUUUUCUUACCUUUGUCAAAUUAUGCUUGUCAUGUGGGUGGAAUGACUAGUUGAAUUGUAAUAUUUUUAUUGGGAACGAUGUUAAGCGUCUCGUAUUUUACAAUGAAUUCACUUUUUUCGCAAGUUUUGCUAUCUUUUUCUCUAUAAAAAAUCUUGUUUUCAGGCUGAAAAUAAGCCAGAUCAAAGGUGAUGUCGAAGAUAACCUCAUAUCUGGUGGCUCCUCCGAAUAAGAGUGCUAAUCAUAAGUAUCAAACAAGAGCCAAUGUGGAACGAAUUACUGGCGUUGCAAGGAAGAAUAUAACGAAUAAAAAUAGCGAUUAUCUGGUAGGCUAUUUUACGAUUCUUUGAGUUAUAAGUUUAGGUGAGAUUACUGGUCUUUUCUUCGUGUUUUCUUUGUCUUUCUUUGUGAUAUUUCUUUUGGUAUAUGUCUUGUUAAAUUGCUAUUGAAAAACCCGGUAGAUCCUGUAAAAAAUUAAGGAAAAAUCUUGGAUAUUUCAUACAAUUUUACGGUCUCAAUGUGAGCCAAGUUUCGUCAGAAUCCAAGCCAUAUUUAUAUCAUUUCAUAUCAAUUUCCCCAUAAACUUUAGUCUUUCCUCUUGUCUAGCCUAAUAUCCAAAUAUCAUCCCUUUCCGUGGCAACCCUCUCCUCCUUUCUCCCCUUAUCUUUCCGGAAAUCCGUAAAUCCUCUUUCCAAAAAAUUCUCCCAAAAUUUCAUCGCCUGACCCCGAAACAAUCGACAAAAUUCAAUACAGGCGCUGCGUAACACUCAUUAAUCACCGCACCGAAUCUCCUUUUUCCGCACUUUUGUCGACGUUUCCGAGUUUUUUUGGCGCAGAGACGACGCCAAUUCGGGAGGGGUGAGACUGUGAAAGGCUUGUCGAUAAAAUCCUCAUGUACUCUGCGGAGAUUUGCGAAAUUCGAAAAAGGGGCUGUCGACGGGACAAUUUGACAUUUGAGGUGGAGGCAAUUGGAUGUUGAGGUAUCUAGCAAUACAAAUCAAAGGUAAAGUUUGAGAAGAGUAGCCCUGGAGAGGCCUGGAGAAGUGAUCCAGGCGCGACGUUGAAGCUUGCCAGAAAUCAAGAUUAACAUUUUCAAAGACCGAUUUUUAACUCGCGCUUUGCAAAAGUGAUCGAAUUGUGGAGUGGAAGUCUCUUCCUAUGUAUGAAGAAUAAUAUGAUAGGAUAAGCAUCUACAGUUUUAAAAAAAAGCAGGCUUUAGAAGCUACAAGUUGCUUAUUUUUAGCCUCAUGUCAGCAUUUCUGCAAUUCAAAUAAACGCCAGUCUUUGGACAAAAAAAGUAAUUAUGAGUUUGUAAUUUGGUAUCAAAAAAUGUCACAGAUGCGCAUAACGAGCGUUUAUUUUGCAUCACUUAAAAAGUGAUCAUUUGCAGCUCCAAAAAGGCCUCAAAAAGUAUCCUGGAACACUUCUUUCUUUUCAGAAACUCUAAGUUUUUUCUGUACGCCAUUACUUUUCAGAUCUACAUGUAUGUCUUUUGCCACCUUUCAACCUUCCAAAAAGUGUACAUAAAUCUAACUGUUGCGUAUGCUAUGUAGCACCUAAGCCCUACAAAGCCCGUCUCCAGACGCCUCCAACUCCCCUACAAAUCUCAUUAGCGGAUUCUGUGCGCGCUGUACUCCGUGAGGGGCGCCGUUGACGCUGGCGCAGCAAGCCGGGCGACGAGUUAUCUAUCCCCUUCCCAAAUUUGAGACAAUAUAUCCAGUGUUUCCGCACCGAAAUCGCCGCCGAUAAUCAAUUUUAUCGUUUCGGUGCGUUGACGAAUCUCGCAAUUCGUUUUUUUGGGCGCGUCGCUGGCGGAGAUAAUACGGUACGACAACACACACACAGCCAGCGGCAAAAGGGCACGGCAGAAGCCGUUUUUCUCGGGCGGGGAAACGAGGUUAGUCGUUUCAAAUUUAGCCCUGAUACCCCUAAUUUCUUUCGCGCGCCGCACUCUUCCCUACAAGAGUGCACCGAAUGUUUUUCCGUCGACGGAAAAGGGGUUUUGUAAGCGGAAAGUUCGACGACGGAAUGCAACGGGAAUGGGGAUGUUGGGGUCUUGAAUUUGAAUUUCUUUAUCGGGGGAAAGCCAACGUUGCAAGGCUCAAAUUUUGAUGAAACUUGGGGCAAAUAAAGGCUAUUAUUUCUUUGAAAUUUUUGAAUUUUUGUUGCUUGCGCGUUGCAGUAUAUCACCCAAAAGUUUGGCUCCUAAUGCGGUCUAGUAUUCGAUUUUUUGGCUUAAAAUUUACCUGGAAAGUGAGGAGAGUCGAUCAGAAACAAACUUUUUGGCUAUUAGGGUGUCCCAUAAGUCUUGUGUAUUUUCGGGUUUGAGAAUUAAAGUCUCGUUUCGCAGGUCUAAAUGAAUGAAUCCCUUAAUGUUUGGUACUGUUGAGACCGCCAUCUUUUACAAUUAUAAGCAUCAGGUGGAUUUUUUUGCAGCCUUGCUAUGCAUCGUUUAAAAGCGCAAUUUCUGAGCUUCAAAACCGUAUGUCCAACAUAUCUCGUAAUGUGUCUCAGAGCUCACAAAAAUUCCCACAAAUCGACGACCCAUGAAUACACAAGACUUAUGGGACACCCUAAUAUAUUUCUUUGGAUUUAUGAGCAGAAAAAAAUAAAUUUCCGAGGAAAGUAUCCACUAUUUCCUUGUCAUUUUGGUAUGUCAUCAUUGAGAAACCUAGAGAAACUAAGAAAAUAAAUACUUGAUUUGUGACCUAUAUUUGAUCGCGCUUGAAAAGUUCGAAGAAGAUGUAGCGUUCUUUGUCAUUCUGCAGCAAUUUCUGUUCACACUAAUACUUUACUUUUAUUUUUGUAUCAUAUUGACCAUGAUGAUGUUUGAAAUAUUUUUCUUACUUGCCUGUCCCUCUAUGACCGUUCUCGCGACUUCCCCUGCAUUCUGUUGUAUUGUAAUCCCAUCUACAAUACCACAACCACUCGCCCCACCACAUCUCCCAAUGAUAACCCACCGAAAAUGCUUGGAAAGUAAUUGUCAGACAGGAAGAAUGAUACGACAAAGUAAUGAAUUGUUUCGUAGAUAACCAGUUUUCGGAGCCGGGGGGAGAAACUGUUUGAAACGUUGUCGAUAUUUGAGAACUUUCUUUUUUUUUUGGGUUUUGGGGUGACCAUGUUAGGAAUCGCAGAUAUACUUUUUAGUUGGAUACACUUUUCGCCCGCCGAUAUUUCCUGAAAUUGUUCGGUGAUGGUCAAAGUGCGCGACCAUCCCCUGAUUCACCGCGAAAGUCUGGAGGAAUGGGGAGGGAUUUAGGUUACUGUAAUUGGGGCUGCGAGUUUCUGUGGGGAAUUUUGGGGAAUUUUGAGGAAAAAAGUUUUUUUUCGAUUUUACGGAUUUUGUUGGGCGAAAAUGUAAUUUUUUAGGCUUCCAUACCGUAUAAGAAUCUGUGUUUUAAUCUUUAUAAUGCUUUAUUGUUGCACUGUCACCAUAAAAUUUAUGAUCUCUCACUUCAAAGUCAUCAUUUUUUAAUCUUCGUUUUUAGGCUUUUUCUUUUUCAAAAAUUGUAAAUUUUUUUAUUUUGAUGUGAUGAUCAAACAUCAUUUUAUGUUUUUUACAACCUUUACUACUUUGUCUACCCAUAUUUGAUGCAAAAUUUAUAAUUUUCGCCUUUUACCCAUCAAAAUCAUCAUUUCCAAAUUUUCGUAUUUUAGAGUUAUCUGUUCUUCUAAAGUCAUCAUUCUGUUUGCAUAAGACUUCCUCUCAAAAUGCUCUACGGUAUUCAAAAACACUUCAUACUCUAUCUACCCAUAUUUGAUAUCAAAUUUCCAUUUUAUUCAAAUCUCCCUUCACAAACUUUUUUAUUUUUUUUCAAAUGUGAAUUUUUGCAAAAUCCAAAGUAAAUUAGACGCCUUUAGACAGUAAAUAAGAGAGUUUACAGUCCUUCCUGGGAGUGGUCACUCCCUUUUACCAUCUCCUUUCGAUCUAUACAAUGAAACAAGGAUCCUGUUUCCCCUCCAAUCGCUCGGCGACAAUGGAGUUUUGUUCAUCGAGUAGGCGUCAAAGGUCCUGCAGAUUGUCAUCAUAUGACCUGUGGUUCCGUCUGAUUCUAUUUUGGUCACAUUUUAACUUGUAAUUUGUUGUAUUUUCGAGAUUUUUUGUCUUUUUCAUGGAUAACAUGACUAAAAAUUUUGAUUUCUUAAAAUAAGGUUAUUUCGAUGUCUAACAUAAGAUUAUUUUGCAUUUUCUGGUGUCGUAAGAAAUGAUGUUCAACUGCUAAUAUCAUUAAAUUUCCCUAUCAAACAAAAAAAUCGCAAAAAGAUCUGGAAUUUUGUCAAUAACCCCCGUUUUUAAUGGGCUUAUAUCUUGCGAACCAUUAAUGGGCACACGAUAUAGGUUAUAUGGACUGAGAGCUUAUUGUGUGUGCUUUACGACGAGCUAAACGUUUUUGAAAAUAUUGAAAAAGUAGGGGUAAAAAUUGAAAACUAAAAAAAAUUAAUUUUGGCCUGAUUGUUUCAAAAUUGUCCAUAAAAAGUUGUUAAAUAGUACUGUAAAAAUUAUUUUUCUGUCAGUUAAACCCUCAUAAGGUACUGAUCAACUAGUAAUUUUUUACGUAUUUUAAAAAUCGCUUCCAUUUCCUCCAAAAUCCGAUGAUUAAUCACCACCUUUCUUCACAAAAAUAAAAGUCCUGUCGCACUGUUGUAUAAUAUCACCCUGUUUCUUCCCGCCGCUACAUUUUACGGCGCCGCGCGGAUUUUUUUUGUCAUUUCAAAAAAAUUUUUUUGGGGAUAAGGCGCGCAAAGUGGGGAGAUACGAAGAAGGAGAGGGGAGAUAAAGAACAAAUGUUGUUUCGUAAAGGGGAACUAUCCGUUUUUCUGUAAGUUUGGCAUGAAAAUAGCGAUUUUUUUUUUGUGGGAAAUCGGUGUCUAAUUUUGAGAUUUUUUGGAUUUUUGAUGACUUUUUUUGUUGAUUUUCUUGGCGAAAAAAGCCGGAGUAAUAUUUAACCAUAUAUAAAAUUUUGUUUUAAAUCGUAUUUUAGGCCGGUUAAAGAAGUUUUGUCUCAUUUUUGGGCAAUUUUGUAAUUGCCCAAAAAAUUGUCUCAAUCUUCCUCUAAAUUGUUUUCAUUCUGUAGGUUAUUAGUUUUCUAAUAAAUACAUGCUAUUGAAGGCCGUAUUUUACCUCUUCUCCAUCUUAAAUCUCUCAUCUUUUGUCUCCACUAGCCCCUCUAGGAUAAGAUAAAAACCCAAAUUUUUGGACUAAUUUCCCCCUCAGGUCCCUCGAUAUGUCGUGAGGACAUCGCUCAACGCCUCCACAUCCCCGUUGAAGCCGCGGCCCAUCAAAUUCUUGAGGCCAAUACGGCCAAUUCUUGGCCGGAACUCGAAUGGAAAACUUGAGACAGAUCUGUAAGUUUUAUCGCAAUUUUUUAGCGAUUUUUCGGCGUAUUUUAUAUAAAAAUUCUUUCAGCGACAAGCCCUCAACUUCAUCGCCUGCGGUCGCGAAUUUCGGAAAUGAGAAAUUGAAGCAAAAAAUCACCGAAAAUCCCAUAAAUUACCGCAAAAAUCGACCGGUUCCGUCGACCACCAGCGUCCCGCAACUCAACCUGAUCCAAAAACAAUUCGAUUUGAUCAUCAACAAUGCCGACUUCCGGCCCCGCGGCGACUGCACAGUGCGCCGCGUGAAAAAUGAUGAUCGCACCGUGCAGGUGCCCGCGAAACGGCUUCGCACAGUGCACAGAAAAGAGCAAAAUGGGAAAUGCACAGUGCAAAACGAAACAAGAAAUGCGAAUUGCACUGUGCGGAAAUUUGAGAAAAAAGGAUUGCGCACAGUGCACAACGAUGAACAGAGAAUGGAUUUCACAGUGCAACAAGAACAGACAAACACUGACUGCACUGUGCGAAAGGACUCUUUCAAAACUGACUGCAUUGUGCAGCCAAAAAUCAGAAAUGGCCGCUGCACAGUGCGAGAGCGCAGCAACAAUUGCGACACAUCGCCCAAGCCCUCGACAUCAAUUCCAACUUGCACGGUGCAACCAACAUCCUCUCCAAACAUCCGCACUGUGCAACCAUCAAUUUCCUCAACCUCGCGCACCGUGCUCGUCGCACCGGAUGGAAAACGCACAGUGCAACGCGUCUCGUCGCGUGACACAAACACGUCACUGACCGCUGAUGGAAUCGCGUAAGGAAUUCGGUGUCGUCGGUUGUUUCAUUUUCCGCCCGCACUCUUUUCUCUCUCUCUUCUUGUCUUGAUUUCCUUCUUCGUCGCGCUCCGAGUUCAGUGGGUGCGACAGGUUUCCGAGAAAGUGCACUGUUUUUUUGUUCAUUUCGCGACAACUGUGUCGUCGGCGGACUUCCGCGUUUUUGCACUGUGCGCUGUCGAAUGAGAAGAUUGAUGGGAGUUUGCACUGUGCGAAGGGGUGGAUGCACUGUGCAACUUGGGGAUCCCUCUUCCGCUCAGUGCAGCGACAAACGCUUGCUUUGUCGCCUUGGUGAUUCAGGGGAUCGCUUUUUUGACCUUGCGAUGCAAAUUUCUCAUCGCCAAAAUGAUUUGGCUUGCACUGUGCAAAAAUUUCUUCCAUUCGCGACAUUCCGAAUGUUCAAUUUUCCGCACAGUGCAUUCAAAAUCUCCCCCCGUCUCGAUUGCACUGUGCACUGAAAACAAACAAAACCUCGGGCGGCGAUUGGCUGUCGCAGCGACAGAAAUCACUUCCUGAAAACAUUUCUGUCACUUCCAGAAGCGCGACAAGCCCUCCCUUUUGUCGCGCACUGUGCUUUUGAUGGGUCCUUCGGAUCGUUUGCCGCCAAUUGGAUUUUUGUCGCGAACAAAGAAAAAAGGGAAGCGCGACAAUGAACACAGUGCAAUCAAUCCACACGCACCAUUUUUCAAACCCAAAUUUCGGUCCAAAUUCGGGGGGAAGCGACAAAAUUCGGGGAAGGAAGCGACAAAAAUCCCAUUUUUUGUUUUUGAGGCCGAAAAACAAAUCAAGUGCGAUUUCAUGGGAUGUCGCGGGACUGCACCCUCCUUUCCUUCCGCUGAAAUGCAAUUUCACGCACCGUGCAUUUUGUCGCAUUUUGUUUUUGGGACUCGAAGGGGAGAAGAGAUUUGGCCGCACCGUGCGGGGGAAGUUUGAUUGCACUGUGCGGGAAAAUGUUGAUGAAAAGAAGGAAUGCACAGUGCGUUUUGAAGUUUUUUUGCGCUUUUUGUUUUUGCACAGUGCAAUCCUUAUUUUUCUUCCAUUUCCGACUGCACAGUGCAAAAUAAAACCUCCGAAACGCCUCCAAAUCCAUUGUUUUUGAUCCAAAUUUAAUUCACAACCAUCUGUACCGAUAUUCUCGUUCCUCCAAAUGUCAUUUUAUGUCAUCGGACCAUCCAAUCCAACACGGAAAUCGCCCAAUUCCAAUGCAUAUGGGCUCUAGGUCGUUUGGGAAAUUGAUUCCGUCCAAAAAAGUUUUACCGUCGCACCGAAAUCCCUCUCCCUCCAAAAGCGAAAAAAAACAAUUUCUCCUGUGACGGAUCAAAGGCAUUUUGGAGGAUAUAUGGGGGAGAAGAGGGGGACAUCUGGCCGAAAUGGGCUCCGCUCUCCUGACAAAACUUUCGGAUCGCCUGGGAUUUACAUUGCGGAAGGUGAGUGGGCCAAAAGUCGGAGGAGUGGACCGCGUUUUUACUCGGUCAUAUCAAUUUCGAAUUCUUUUGAGGGAAAUUCCGGGGUUUUUGAAGUUUUUACCCUUAGGGCAUAAGGUUAAAAUUCCGUUUUUUGUAGAUAAAGUCUUACCAGUUUGUAUACAGUUGUCUACCACGUUUUUGAAAUUCUUCACACCUUUUGAAAAAUCAAUUUUGGGUAUUGCCACGAAAACUUGAAUUUCUUGGCAUUGCUUUUUUUGCUCUCUAACAAUUUUACCGCAAUUUUUAAACCAUUUCCUUGCAUUUCCUAUACAGUAACCUCCAAAAUCAGCAAAAAAAGUUGAGAAAAUACUGUAAAAAUUCCCUACCGUCUAAAAACCCCUAUUACUCUCCUGUACCAAAAAUAACUUUUGAUUACCUGGUCUUUUGACAUUCCCUGACGUCUACAGGAUUACCUUUAUUUCCUCUAUUCGCCCGAUUUCACAACAUCUUCCCUCUGCCCAAACAUUGGCCCUUUUGUGGGCACGAUUACGAUUACCACUUUUACAUUAGGGCCUUUGCUUCGACCGUCUUGAAAGGAUUAGUUACCUAAGGGUCUAAUCACAAGACUUACUGUCCUCAUUUAUUUCUAAUUCCAUUACUUUUUCGGCGGUUAAUUACUCGUUUUUGUGGGGCCGAAGAAUGGCCUAAGGGCAUACAUGGUAUUUGGAGUUUUACAGGUAUUUCUAGUAUACGUCAGGCGGCGUGGUAAUCAGCAAAGUACUUGGUAAUGCAGUUACUGUAAAAAGUUUGGGGGGAUUCUGUUUUUGAAGGUGUUUUCGGGGGAAAAAAUUUCAAAUUUCGAAAAUGUUCCAAGAGCUUUUGCUUUUCUUUCAGUUUCUAAAUCACGCCCGAACUUUGAAAACCAAAGAACAGUAACAACUGUGACACAGCACCUAAGGCACUAUUUUUUCGACAAAGUGCGGCUUGUUUUUUCCGGUUCAUAACUUCGGUUCUAGACGUUUUCUGUUAUUUUCGGUAAAAAGGGAUAAAAACGGGCUCAAAAAUGAUGAUUUUAAGGAUAAAUCUAGACUGAAAUUCCCUUAGGCAAUCAUAUUUUUGAAGAUAAAGGCAGUUUAAAUUUUAAAAAAUUAGGUUACAACCCGUUUGUUGGCGCUUUUAAACAGUUUAUCAGUAUGUUAUCAAUGCUAUAUGCCGGCCGUUUGUUUGCUUCCUGAACCAACUUUUCCAGACUAUGAAAAAGCUAUGAUUUCCAGCUGAAACUCUGCUGUUUGACCCCGUCCAUUAUCACACAGUUUGUCAUAAUUUGUAGGCAAUUUAGGAACUGUAGGGAGCAGGUGUUAAUUUUGCUGUUGAAUUUGGUACGGACCUUGGAAAAACUGCUGGUUUAUAUGUAAAGCUAUACAAUUUAUGCCUUAUCAAGCUUUGUCAUCCAAUUUUAUUUGUAUAGUUUUAUUUUCUACUACAUUUCAGGCUUUUUACUUUCAGAAAUUUUGAGGUUUUUAUAUUACCUUAGAGAUUACCCCAAAUUUUUAAAAUUUUGCCAUAAUUAUUCAAAAUUCUCGUUUAUUAAGAUACCUUGUUUCUCAUUUCUUUCCGACCUGUUUGUGAGUGUAAUAACAAUUGCCGCGAUAUUAGAAAGCCAAAAAGACGGAUCGUAUUAACCGGUAAAGAGAGUAAUAUCGAGAGAAUUAGAGACCGAAUUAAUCUUUCUUUCACUGUCCAAAAUGGCUGAUUGAUGGGAUUAGGAAGAAAAGAAAAGCAUAGUACAGUUUUAAAGUCACUUUUCACAAUGCAUUGGAUCAUAAAAUAGGGUGUUAAAAGUAUAAAUAUGAUGACAUUUUCCAUUUUUUUGCACAUAUUUAGGCUUGAAGUUAUAUAAAUUGCAAAAAAAAAAGAUUUUUCUCCACUCAAAAAGUCAAAAACUCGCUUUUUAAUACAGUAAUCUGAAACAAAACUACAAAAGAGUAGCGUAUUAAGAGAGGGGAGAUUUGAAGAGCCAAACAAAAUGGAGAGAAAGGCGAACGAAAGCCAAUGGGAAUUUUUAUAGCGGUCUCUCUUGUAUGCACAAAUGUCUGGCGAAUUGCACAAUUUAUUGUAACCCUUUUACGGCCAUCACUGCGCAAUCCUCAGCAUACGGCAAUCUUGGACUGCAGGAGAAAUUAAAGGCAACGUAUUUUACGUCUUUCUUAUAAACUUUCGAGGUGAUUUUGGGGUUAUUGAUUCUUAUAGUGAUAGACGCAUAACAUUUCUAGCAAUAAAGCAACUAGAAACCUUGUAUAUAUACAAAAUAAAUCGCAGAAAAUCGAAUAUUUUCGAUUGAAAAAUCUUGACGAUUUCUUGAAAGCCUAAGCCAAGGUUUCUGGAUGUGUUUUAAAGUCUGAAUCUUAAUUGUUACUAAGCUUGAUCAGAUCAAAAUCCAAUGCAUUUUUGUUCACUUCCUAGGUAUUCUUGAUACAGUAAACCCCGUCAAAUGAAAAUAGUGCCUAGAGAUGAUCCUACGAAAGUCUAGCCAAUCCAAGCGGCACUUACUGCGGCUUUUCCUCACUCCGACAAUCCUCAUGUUCUACGUGAGCUCACGUCUGAUCCUUCGCUUCUAAAUCAAAUAAUAAACAAGUAAUAAUGACAAUCAUCUCACUUUUCUUUUUUUCCUCCUCUUUUCCUCAAUCAUUUGUUUCUAGAGAUCGACAAUUGGUCUCUCGGAGUGUUUCGUAUUCUGCUGAAGAACUGUUUCAUCACAUUACUCAUCAUAUUGCAAGAAAGAUGCACCUGUACUCGAAAAGAGGCGAAAAUUUCACGUAUUGUUAAUUCCGGAGAUUAAAGAGCUCUGCUGAAUCGGAGCGCUCAAAUUUUUACUAUAAAUUUGGCCACAAACUUGGAGCUAUGGCCAUUUUUUAAAUGUGUUCAUUGAACCAAUAUUGUAUUAAAAAAAAGUUCGGGUUUUAUUCGAAAUCUUCGACCUCUGUUACAGUAAUUAAUCCUGCCCAUUCAUUGCCGCCACUACAUUCAAAAUUGUCUCCUCCCAAUCCCGUCUCCUCACAGUCCCCAUCCAAACCAACUUUUUUUCGAAUCGGGCCUGUACAUCGCUCCAAAAUGCCAUCAAUUUAUUUGAUUUUUACUGUCCCAACUCUCCUCGGCCUGGACCUUUUCCCCUCGCCCGUUUUAUGGCCAUUCUACUGUAACACAUGUCUUCUUUCGUGGCCGACAAAACUCGGGAAGCCAUUAAAUGCAAACAGACCGGCAGACUGUUCGCAAAGCGGAAAGGAGGGGAUAGAAAUGCCGGAGGGCAAUGCCCGGCUUCGAACGGGAGAUCUGUCCGGAAGAGGAAAGAAAGACUGUGGCCCGAGACCGGAGAGGGUUUCGGUUUCGUUCUGGGAACUAUUCGAGGUUGGACCUGGGAGAGAGGGAUACGAAGUGGAUGAGUUAUAUGUACGUAUAGGUUAUGGUUACAGUGAAAUCUUUGAGAUCUCAGAAGUAAUCGUAUUUUAAAAGCAAUCUCUAUUUUUCACCCUCCUUUUAUCCAACCUAUUCCAUCCAUCUGCACUCCAUUUUUUUUUACAUUUUUACAGCCUCGUCGUGUAUUAAGCCGCCUUUCCUACGGCCUUUCCGUUCGUCGUGGCACAGGGUAAUCCAGAGCUGAAAAACAAUGGAAAACAGGCGGUUUUGUGCACUUUUGUUCGGGCAAUCCGACAGAUAAAACCGAGACGAAAUCGUGGGGAUAAGAGGGCCGAAGGAUGGAGCGGAAAUUUGCGGUCAGAUAUAUUAGAAUGGGGAAAAACUUUGGCAUUUUUAACGUAGUCUCUUGCUUUUGACAUCACACAAAAACAUUUUUAGGCUUUCCAUUACUUCUAUGAUAAAUUUAGUACAAUUCCUGUCUACUACAGUGUUAUAAAGUAGUCGAAUUUCUUACUGUAUUAACUACAAACUUCGACCAAUAAGGGCUUUCGAAAUUCUCCCAGUAGUCUCAAAUUGUCAUUAAACAGUCGAGCCAUGUACACACUUAAACGUUUCUAUACAAGAAAAAUGAGGCUGUAAUUACAUCCGUCUUUUCGGCCGUGUUCGGCCGUCAUUCUGUUGUAGAAGCAUUUGGAAGGGAGCAACGGUAAAAUUUUGUUUUCAAAAAUUGCUAGUUCUAUUUUUGACGAUAUAAAUGACAACUUCUGCGAAAAAAGCGACUUUUGCUUCCUUGGCAUAGCAAUUACGACACAUUUUUUGUUUGUUUCACCCUUAUUUUCCAAUGUUUGGCCUCCGCAAAGAUCGGUCAAUAUCUUGGCUGUAAUUGCAAAGAGACAGCUAAGAUUUACAGUAGUCUUAUAAUGGUCUACAAGCCGCAUACACACCAAAUUGAAAGCAAAUCUCUUUAUCGCUGUUUGAGAAAUACCUUGUAAGAUUUGAAUGGCAUUAAAUUUUAGAAAUGCUCAGAUUACACAAUCAUUAUUUAUAAAUCUUUGCUUUAUCAUAUUACACAAUAACCGAAUACAUAUUUCACCAUGCUUUGUCGCCCUUACGACCGCAUAAACUGUUUGUUUACAUUCCGUACUCAACAUAUUCUAACCAUUCCGUUUCAGGCCCCAUGAUGAAACUUUCCCUUUCUGCGGCUGUGAACGAAAUAUCUUGCCCUUAAUAUGGUCACACAGUCGGGGACGAUUUGAAUAAAGUCGUUAGGGGCUUUCAGAAAAAUAUCCUCAGGGGACCGGCGACACAAAAGUUGUUUUAUGCGAUGAUAUCCAUAAAGUUAUUUGAGAUGGGGACAAGAAACGUACAUGAUACUUGCGAGGAGUAUUAUCAUACUUUUCGUUAUUUGUUGUGUCGGAAAUUGAGGAGAUCUUAAGUCUAUGAAGGUAGGGUAAGGGUAGAUUUGUCUUGUUUUUAAGAUACCAUUAAGAAAACCCCUAAAAAAUCUAGCAACCAUUGAGAUAUGAGAUUUUAAAGAUACUCUUAUUGCUUGUAGAAACGUGCCUUCUUUAAUAUACAACAAGCGUCAUUCUUUCCCCCACACUUUUCCGUUUCUAUCCCUACAUUCCCGGCAUUAUCCGCUCUAACCCAAUUUAACAGUACGCCGAUCCCUUCUCGUCGGCGGGCCUUCCGUUCUAUAAUUCCAUAAAAUUUUUAGUACAGAACCGCCCGAGGCGGUGUUGUGUCACAAAAAUUUUUAUGAAAACCCCCGCUCGCUCCGGAAAACCGAAGCCGACCGUCGCAGUCUUCAGGAGGAGCGGGAAAGCGGGGAGGAAGGGCGGUGAAACGCGCGAGAGGCAAGAGGGAAGUGUCUCGGCCGCCGUUUUCGUGCCGGUUUUUACAGGACCGGCGCCGGCCCGAAACACAAAAAAGGAGCGCAGAACCGAGAGUGCUGUAAGAGGAGGGCCAGCGGCCGAAGCGCAUGGUCCGGAGAGUGUUUGAAAAGGACAGGAAAGUGCCACAAACGUUCAUGGGGUACUCGGCACGGGAUCUUGUGAUUCCGAAUGUGAGGUGUGGGAUGAUUUAUGGAGGGUACUGUAGAAAUAAAUUUGGAAAGUCUAAUCGUCUGAAAUUUCCCAAGGUUAGUUAUGCGACUGUUUUAGACAUCAUAGGCAAAAGAUUUCAAUUUUUUCGCUACAAAAUAUCAUUGAAAAACAUGGGAUUGCUUGCUUGAGAUCAUGCUCAAGUUUUUUUAAAGUUUUUUUAAAAAUUUUGUUCUCCACUGUAAAAUCUCGACGGUUUCAGCAACGCGUGAGCUAAAAAUCCAUUGUUCACAUUACAAAGUUGCAAGCUUUAUUAAUGCCAAAUGUUAUCGAAAUCGAAAAGUCAUAUGGUGGGAAUUUUUGGGUUCAUCAAGUCUCCCUAUUCUCUCACAAUUUCAAAAUUUCUACUGCCCUCCUUUUGUCAUCAUCUUCCUUUUUGCACUGUACGUCUUCCCACAUGACCUUGGUCAUGAUAACCUCUGCCUCCCUGGCCUCAUCCUGUCCUCAUGCAAGCAGCGUUAAUCAAAAUUCCAUCCGACACUUAGGGUGUUGCAAGCAGACAAAAAUUUUAAUUAAACGAACCGAGUCCAUUCCCUACCGAAACAAGCCCUGUCUUCCUGUAUGACAAGCGCUUCCUCGGCCGAGCGGCCGCAGAGUGCCCUUUGUAACACAAGACACGAACCCUCCAUUUUCUGUGCAAAUGCUGCUGCCCUCCGGCACCGAAAUUGCUUUCCCGCGAGUGUUUCGGGAAGUGGAGGGGCGCUGUAUGGAAUGUUUUGUGUGUCCCACCAAAAUUUCUCGCGCACAAACAUUUUGUGCCAUAUUUCAUUUCGGCCGCCGCGCUCGAUCGUAAGGGUCAACUGGGUCCGGGAGCGGAGCGGAAGGGUUCAAUUCCCCGCCUACUGUAAUACUUGCCUACUUUUGUCCGCACUUUAAAUGACCUAUUUGAGGGCCAAAGAACGGAGUAAAAUGCGUUCUUUGAUGAGAGCGGACUUUUUACAGAAUUAGAAAAUUAUAGUGUUACUAAGAAUGACAAAAGUCUUUUUGAGACGGCCUUUGAAUUUUGGACCAUUUUAUAGCGAUUGUAAUGGAUUUUAGUCAUUUUUGUAAUCAUUUUUACAAACUUUCAUCAAUUUUUAAGAAAAUGUAAAAAUUAUUUUUUUUUUUGUUUUUAAGGUAGUAAUUCUGCACUGUUUUCAAUUUUGCAGUAACAAGAAAACUGUUUGUUUUAUUUUUCGUCUAGUAAGCCCUGUUGCUUCGUGAUGUUUAUCUCAUGUUUGAUGUUUUAAAAAUCUGGCCUUUCGAUGUCAAGAAUAAUAUAAAUCUCUCCUUGGAACUUGGAAUUCAAACUAUUUUAUGUCCGAGAGUAAACAUCAAGCCCUCAACCGUAGCUCACAUGCCCUUUCCCAUUACAAUACUUUGCUUGUGUACGUUGCCGGAGGGCAUUCUUGUUCUUUCGGCCGAAAAGUUUCUUUUGUGCGAAGAGAAAAUCUCUCGCGGCCCAACUUUCCCACCCAAAAUUUCGGUCGGAACUUGGUGAAUGCGCCCCACUUGCAAAGUCAGGGUUUCAGUAAUGAGGGGCCGGUCCGCGCAACACGCCUGUUUCUGGCCCUCAGGCCCCGAAUUGGCGCCGAAAUGGCACUGUCCAAAAUCAUUCGACCGAAAUCUUCGCCGCCGAAUUUCGAAGUCUGUGCCGGCCGAUGGGAAGAGGAGGGGGGACGGCGCGCGCGUUGUAAGAAGGCAGCUGUCAAUUUGGCCUGAGGCCGCUUACAGCGAGUGGCUGUAAGUGCGGUUAGCUCCAAGGGUCUUGGUAGCGGCGGGAAGGGGCCGAAAUUUAAAUAAGAAAGAAGGUUCGGUCGGCCGGCCAAAAUCUCGUUUAAUUUCCGAUUUUGCCCUCAAGGCAUAUGAGUGGAGAACACAGGGUAUGAACUAAUGGAGAUUCGGUAAUAUGGAUUUUAAAGUUUUGAAGAUUUUUUAUAUAUUUUAGUUUUCUAAGGUCCUCAAAAUUACUUUGCUAUCUACCAUGCGCUUCCUACGUUUGACCAUUGCCCUGCCAUGCCUUUAAAAAUCUCAAACGCUCUUAAUAGGGAUUUCCGGAAAGAAAGUGCAUUUUUUACGCCCUCAAGAAAGUAUUGCUAAUAAAAAGUCGCUGCAGAAAAUUACCCAAAGUGUUGUAGCGUGCAAAUGAAAAUUUAUUUUUAAUAUUUCGCGGAUUAAAUGGUGAUAUUUGGGAAAAGAAACGUUGAAAUUACAUCCUUUUCUCCCGCUGGUUUUUGGCCCUGUCAUUGGCCCCCAGCGAACGCCACGCAAGGUCCCUUUUAAUGAGCGCUGUAAGGAGUGUAAUGGUACGCAAUUUCUGCUUACAUCAUUUUAAAAAUCCCGGCCAUCGCUAAUUUAAAGUUAAUUUUUUUUAUAAUUUGUUUCCUCCGAAGAGUGUAGAUUUUACUUUCAAUAACUGUACUGUUUAUAGUGUUUUUAUUAUUUUUCUAUUGCGUAAUUCUCUUCCUAACAUUGUGAAACUUCUUGCGGGAUGGCUUAGAUGACGGACACGGCCAUCUUAUGUUUUUCUAGGACGUUUUCUUCGUCGUACCAUGCAAAGGAAGAAAAAUGAGAAGUUUUUUUUCGAACAGUGCAAAUUUUUGUACAAAUCGGUCACGGAAUAAAAGCGACGUUUGCGGCUAAUUUCAUUGCCCGUCUAUGUUAAAAGUGACAAGAAUAAUUUACCUUUUAAAUCGACCAAAAAUAAAUUUCAGUGCAGAAUUGAACUUUGUGACAACUGUUUGCAACCGAAUUUAAGUCAGCAAAAUAGUUUUUAUACAAAAAAGUUUACCUAAAAACAAGUUUCAAAAGUGAAAAAAAUAUUCUUUGACGGGAUAAUUACUUGAUUUAUGAUAUCUUCCCCUUAGGCCAUCAACAUUUCGCUUUCCCGAGAAAGACGGAGCGCUACUGUAGUACUGCUAAUCUGUUCUUCUUCUUCUCGCCCCAUCCCCUCAGGGCGUCGACGGCGAAGUUUAUUCGGAUGGUGGUGCUGACCGAAGAGCACAAGAGUAAGAAUGGGAUUUGUAAGUGCUCGAAGCAAGAAGGGGGAAGGAAACAAGAAAGAAGGGCGGCCCCUCACAGAAGCGGCGUAAGAAAAUACAUUUCGGGAGGGGACCGGAAAGUCCUGUCCGUGCCGGGAUUGUGGGUCCCUUCCACAGGCCGACAACUGUUCGCUAUUUUGAGAGGGAGGCGAGGAAUUCGAGAAGGGAGGAAAUUUUUUCUUUUUUCUUUCCUUUCUUCGGUCCGAAUGCUUUUGUGGAUUAGAAUAUCUCAGGCCAGCUGAGGAUGGGGUACAGUCACGAGAGCCGUAUUUUCGAGUUUUUCUGAGCUCCUCAAGUCAGGAAUUGCCUUGUUUUCGACGAAAGAAGCGAAAGACUUAUGAAAAUUCUUUGUAAUUUUAGUUUGGACCUUGUGAUCAAUCCUUAAUCAUUAUUCUUAAUAUUUUUGAGCUUUGAUUUGUCUAUCGUUUACAAGAUCUCUUUGUUUAUACUAUCCGAGUUCUUGUGAGCCUAUUUUUACCCUUGCCAUUAGUUAAAGCUCACUGUGGUGAGCACUUUUUACAAAACCACACUUUUGAAACCUCUCCUCAAAUUCACUUAUCCGACCGUACUUUCGCCGCGAGCACUAUCUCGACCAGUGAAUAGGCGUCAGGCCUCCAACUAAUUGCUUUCUGCUCCGUACAAAACCCAUAAAGGCGCCCGAGGCGUUUUCCGGAUACCGGCCCAAUUUAUUGCCCAAUUAAGGGCAGCCCAAACAGUGUCAUAAGGUACGGGGCGGCGGAUGAAUUGGGUGGUAAUGGCCAAUGUAAAAAUAUGCACUCUCGGUCGCCCUCCUGGGAAUUUACCCACCAUUAUGUUGUGGAUCCACGGGGGCCUAGUGGGUGAUGGUAUUCACCAACAUACAUUCGAAACUAUUUCUGAGCGAAUGUAAUUCUCUGGUGCGGUUGGGGAGUUUUAGUUAGGAGUGGAGGCUAGGAUAUGAGCAGAAAAAGGAUAUCUUACAGUACAAGCGGCAAGACUGUAAGAGCUUUAUGUUGAGAGACAUAAGGAUAUUGCUUUAUUCCUCUGCCAAUCAAACCAUCUUCUGAUCCCCGUAUUUUCUUCCAUCUCAAAUUCUUCGCUGUUUUAUCGUAUAAAAACCAAUGACUGUAGGUAACUUAACAGCCCCUAAGCUACAUAACAGCCCACAUAAUGCUUAAGUACUGCCAUUUUUGUACUCUAAAUAACAUGAAAAUUACAUUAUCAACCGUGGCGUGACUAGUUACUGUUUGAUUUUUGCCCCAUGGCACUCACUACACAUUCUGUACCUUAUAUUUUCAACCCUUAUUGCUCGCAACUUUCUAGACCACAAAUUUACAAUCGCUUCAUACCGGCCUAUUCCACCACUUCCUGUCCUUAUUACUUUUUAUUAAAUUUGGAUGCCGCGCUCUAAAAUUCUACGUCAUUUUCCUUCCCUAAUGCUCACCCUCUCUUGUAAACUUAUUCUGAUCUUUUGUUUGGGCUACAGUACCCUUUCUGCCACCGCAGCACGGUAUUGUCAUGCACGGUGCGCUCCGGAAAAAUGUUUUGUGGGCCGCCUGAAGAAUUUUCGGUUUUUUUGGCCUGAGGGCGCGCCGCUUUUCCCGAGGCCAUAUAAAAGCGGUGCAUUUCGGUAAUUGCGCCUGACGGUCGCGUAUAAAAUGUAUUCCGAAGAGGAGGAAAGAAGGGGAGCGAAAGGAAUACGGCCACAAACAUUCCGAACAUGUUAAAGGCCCCAAUAUUUGGCCUCCGGCAUUUUUGUGCUCUUUGAGCUGGACCGUCUGUUUCCGGCUCCUGCGGAUUUACUGUAAUUGGCCGUGUUUCAGAGUAAAAAAGAUGGUUUCUGUUGCAAAGAAAAUCUCGGUUAUUCCUUCAGGCUUUCUGAACUUAGCUAUGACAAUAUUUUUUGAGCAAAAUUCAAAUCAACUCCGUCAUUACGACGGGUUUAUUCAAAGGCGCUCGAAAUUGUAAGUUGAUAUUUUUAGUCAAACUAAAAGAGCAUAUUCCAUGACCUUUCAAGGACAAAAAUUUGUGCAAGCCCUCCCUCUGCUCUCAUUUUGCUCGAUAUUACAUGUCGACGCUGUCAAAGCAUCUUACCAUAAUCACAAUAAGCAUCAUAUUAUCAAACCCGAAUCAUGCCAUUUCAGUACAUUUACAUUUAUUACACCGGAAGCCUACGCGGAUGUCCAUUUUGCAUGUUCAUUUGGGAUAAUGGCAUUGUACGCACGACUGUUUUUACAAUAGUUUCGUUAUACAUAUUUGGUUCUUUCAUCCAAAAAAAGCCCAAGUUUUGCUCGAAACCCGGUCGAUUAGCGAGAUCGCUGCAUAAAUUUACAAAGUACAUACAAGCAAGGUUUCACCUGUUCCAAAUAGAGUCUUUGAAUAUCUUGCGGAAUUUUCAAUUUGAUGACAAGUAUUUUCGAAUAUGUAUUUCCUGGUACUGUAUGGCACUGUGGCCCAUUAAUUACGGGCUUUAAUUGGCAUUUUCUUUUUUUUUGUAAUUGUGUAUUUGUAUCGGGUUUUAUUGGAAAUUUUAUGGGUUAGAGGGUAAACAGUCGGCGACAUUUUAUACGCUCAAAUAUGCCCUUUUCCCUGGAGAAUGGUGUAGGGCAAAAAAAACGAGGUCAAAUAUUGAGAAAAAGAAAAAUUCAAAUUUUCUAAAAGCCGGACAUCAAAUUGGGACGGUAGUUUCCACUUAUUCAAUCAGCGAAUGCCAUCAUUUCCGUGCAUCUUUGAUGCGAAAAACCAUAGCUAUCCUGGUAACCCUAACUAACGUUUCGACACAAUCCUUACCCAUGGAUUAAUAUAACCCGAGUAAAUCUUGUAGUAUUACUCUAAGAAACCCACCCACCGAAGUCCGCUCUCGCCCCUCUCAUAUUGUACAUGGCACCCUAAUUCGGGCAGCUGAUGAACAGUCGAGGGGCGAGAUUAGGAGUCGAUUGUGGGCAGGAUUAGGACCGUUUUCACUUCUGUUUUUCUACAUUAUUAUGGUGUCAAGUAUGCACGGUGCGCUAACGAGAUUUCAGACAUUUCGCGAAUGACUUUUGAUUAUCUACUCUGGUUUUAUAUAACAUACCAUAAGGUUAAAUAUCUGAUAGAUGGGGAACAAAGACCAUACCCCGAGUUCCGUGUAAGAAGGAAACUGUUUUGUCACAGUACGUAACCAUUUACUAAGCCCCCAUUCAAAGGGUUUUCAUAUUUCCCACGUUUUCCGUUCAAAGAAAUUCAGAAGAUGAUAACUGAAAUACAAUGUUUUUAACAGUUUUUAAGGAGAUUAAUAAACCUGGAAAUCUCCGAAGAUAAUCAAAAAUAAAAUAUCCUCUAAAUUUCAUAGGACGUCAACAAAGCUUACCAAUUCACUAAAGCCACUACAAUAUUUCAGUCUUUUUUACUGAAAUACAUUGUAAGGAUUACUUCGAUCUGUGUAGCAAAAUUUUUACGCAUUUCCGGAUUGCUACAGUAAGCUACAACCAAGCUUUUUUGCCCUAAGGUAUAAUACGUAUAAAAUUCUUUAUGGCACAAAUAUGAACAUAUACAUUGCAGUCUUAAGCCUUUCUCUGCAAUUUCCGACAUUUUAUCCGGCUUAGCGCUCCGCAAAAAGAGCAGUAUAAUUUUAGUGUUCAAAAAUCUUCAGCCUUUCCCCCAACUUGCAAUUUUUCAAAAGCCCUUCUUGUAACUACGUAAUCGCCUGUCAACCCUGAAAUCCCUUAUUUGUAACAAACCAAAUCUCUUGCCUAAACUUGACUACAUUUUUUAUGUCACAAAUGUCCCAGAUUUGCACUCUAAAAAUCCGUCCUUUACUUCAUGGACACUUUUAAACUCUCAGAUUUCGUAAAUGAUCUCUAGUUGGACCUUAUUAAGAACUGUUUGAGACAGUUAAUGCCGUAGGCAAUCAUGCUCAGCUUAUCUUAUAGUAGGCGCCGAGCAGGAUGAAGAUUACGAAAUCCCUUCGAUUUUCCUGGCUAUUUUUGUAAAUUUGACGUUAUCGUGUUGUCGACUAUCCUUUACGGUACACCUUAAUCCCUUCAGUUUUUACAAUGUCAAAAUUUUCAGUUCCAAAACGGCGGCCUUUUCGUUAGCACACUUGCCGGCGGCGCUGCUGGAAAGUUUCUCGGCGCUCGCCGACGGAGAAUCGUCUUCGGCCGCCGAUCCAACACAGUCCACCUCGGCCAGUUCGCCGCUGAAACGGCCGGCGAGUGAAUCGCCGGAGCCCGACGCCGAGGCCAAACGAAAGGCCAGCGAACAAGCGGUUCGAUUGUUCGCGGAUUUGAAGGCGGUUUUGGAUCAUUCCCAACCCAAUCAAGAGGGUUUACAAUACCCCUGCGGACAGUGCGAGAGAACCUUUUCGAACGACAAGAUGCUACAACAACACCAACAAAGCUUCCAUGCAGAAAAGAAUUUUGUCUGCGAGAUUUGCAAUAAAGCCUUCAGAUUCAGAUCAAAUUUGGCGGAACAUCGGAGUGUUCAUACCGCUGUAAAGCCAUUUGUCUGUCGAUUUUGUGGUAAAUCGAGUAGGCUGAAGGGUAAGUUACCAUUUCAACUACUGAAAUCAGCCCAAAAACAAGAAGACCUAGCCAGUAUUGUUUCAAAACAAUUCAAACUAGAAUUUUAACGCUUAUACGUCCGAACACCGUGUGAAAUUCGAAUUCUCGCGGUUUCUGAUAUGCCAUUACACCUUAAGCCGAUUAAGAAACAAUUUCCCUGUCUUUAACAGACUCGUGAACAGUUUGUUUAUAGUAAGGCAUUUCUAAUUGGCCCAUUUUGAAUGUUUACAGCAGUUGUAAUCUAGGCCAAAGUAAGUCCCUCUCCAUGAAUAUUACAGAACUUUCGUGUUGAAAUAAUGUUCAUUGUUACUUUUUUUCUGGAUGUCCCCAUUGUCCUAAGAUUUUGCAUGGCUUUUUUUGUAAAUUCCCUUAUGGAGAGACAAAUAACUCCCAAUUAAACGUGGAUUUCUGAACAUUUUCGGUAAUUAGAUGACAGUAUGCGAUAUUUUCCCAAUUAACAAGGCAUUAGAAAUAUACAAAUAGGCCAUGUGCGCCAUGAAACCACGAGCGAUUAACUUUAAUCCUCGAACUUUAGAUUUCGUCCCGUCAAGCGUGUUUACGGAUAAACUGCGUCGGAUUCCGAACCCUGAACAAAAAGUUCGGGAUUGUCGCAACUCAAAUCCUUUACUCGGUGCACUGUUAGCCAAUUAGCGAGCGAAAUUAGGCCUUCGAUUAAACCCCCGCUCAAUUCAUCCAAUAAAAACUUUGGGACUAAUCCAGCGAGAAUCAAAGCUCAGAGGAACCCAAAACGCCUUUUUAGCGAGCUAAGAGAGGUGUAGAUAACCGGUGAAAAUUAAAGCGCGCUGUUUUCGUGGAUAAUUUUCUGGAGAUCCUAAUCCCUUCCGCUUACAUCCCAGAUUACACUCUUAAAAAUAACCCUUCUCGUAGGCCAAUGCGGUUGUGGAAAAACUGGAAAAUUGAGCAGAUGGGAUUAGGGAGCGGCCGAAAAAAGUGUCACUAAUUCCAUAAUCGCUUGAUCUUAGCCCCCACAACUAUAGAGUCCGCAUUUCAGGAAAUCUCACCAAGCACAUUCUGAAGCACCAUCGUUCCGAACAAAUCGAGCACAUCGGCACGGACGAUAUUAUCAUCAAAAAAGGGAAGAAAUCGGUGAAAGAUCCUGCGGCGAUUGAUUUCUUGGAAAAAUCGAUGAUUGUGCUCAACCCUGAUGGCACUCCAGUCAAUGGGAAUGGUGUGCCAAGUCGGCCAGAGUAUGCGGCACAGCCACUUUCGAGAAAUUCGACUAGCAACUUGAGUGCGUCCGACGGAUCGGUAAGGACAAUAUAAUUUUGUUUCUAUUUAUAUCUUUGAUCUCCUUGCAAGCUCAAAAAGUUCAUAAUUGAGUAGAAAAUGGUUUGACAGCUUGAAAAAGCCAUAAAUUAUUUCAAAAUCCUUCAUUUCAGGCCACCCCCAUGGAGAACAAACUUGACACGCCAUUAAAUGGGUUUUUACUGUCCUUCGGCCUGGAUGCCGGUUCGUUGGACUUAAAGGGUGACUCAUCUGACGACAGAGAGAGUGACUCAUCUGGACUUGGUAAGAAAUUUUGUUAUCGUUCAAGGGUUUCAAAGUUUCGACAAAAAUUUUGGAACCCAAGUUCAAUAUAACUGUCAAAUUGAAAACAAAAAAGGAAGACUAAAGCAAAUUUGCCUUCAGGUAAUAGCACAAAUGACCAGCUUCUCGAGAAAUGCAAUCAGUUCAUGAAUAUGAGUGCCAAUGAUCAGCCUGAGAUCGAAAACGAGGAGAAACACGACGACUCAACAGAUGACGGAUCGGUCUGCCAUUCGUCCGGAUCAAAUGUUCAGAAUCUGAACGCCUUAUUCUACUCGGCUGCCAACGCUCUAAACAAUACAAACAACACACAUUCUCUGGCGGAAUUUAACAAAGCAGUGAAAGCGGACGAGGAAAACAAAAACGGAGGAGCACCAAAGCCGACGCAAUGUCCAGAAUGCGGGAAACACGUCAGAAAACGUAAGAUCUACGAAAAUUACCCAGCUAGAGGACGAGUAUACCUAAAACAACAAGAAAAAAUUUAAAUUACCUAUCUACUUCAAUCCAGUACUUUGUUUUUUCAGCCAAAGACCUGAUCACCCAUCUCGCAACCAUUCACAACAUUUCCCCAGCGAAUCCAGAUGAGAAAACUGACCGAGAGGCGCCGAAUGAGUCCAUCAAGUCGGAUGUUAGGCAACUCCUUCAAAUUGUUGGAGAACUCAAGGCAACUUCAAGUGAUUGCCACAAAAUGGAACAGGUGGGUAAUGUAACAUAAUAUUAUAAAAAAUUUUAAAAAAACUACUAAACUAGUAACAGUAAACAUGUAAAAAUAAAUUUUGUUUCUUCGAAAAUUCUUCCUACAUCUUGUUGCAAAAUGCCAAAAACUUUUUACAAUUCGGCAUUGAAGGUUUUCGUUGUGAGACGCAGAUGUGAAAACCAGUUUUCAAAAGAAAUGUUAUGAAGCUGAUUUUGUUCUUUUCAGACAGUUAACUUAAUCGAUGGUCGUGUCGGUAGGCUGGAAAAACAGUUGGAAAUGGCCCUGAACAGCAUCUACACCUUGGUCCAGCUGCAGACCGGCGUCAAUAAUCAAGUAACUCGAUUCCGCGACGACGCCUCCGAGCAACUGAACCGCGUGAUUGAACUGCUCGAGGGCAAAACGACGAAAUAG